ACCCGUAACCAUGGACGGGACGCAAAGAUUGGGUAGAAACCGGCGCAGCAGGCGGUCAAGGUCACAGAGGGACCGGGAGAGGAAGCUGGCCGGCGUUGCCGGCAGGGACCCCAGGCCCUACACCCCAUCCUCUGGCUCGGACCAGGAGCGAGCCGAGGGCCCCUGCUCGUCCCGACCCCGGCCCCCCAGGCGUAGGAGGAGGGAGUCGACUUCCUGCGAGGAGGACAUCAUCGAUGGGUUUGCCAUUGCCAGCUUUGUCUCGCUGGAGACCUUAGAGAGAGAGGCUGUGUUAAAGCCACCCGAGAGGACGGAAGCACAGCAGAAGAGGCCGGAAAAGCGAAGACCCGAGGAGCAGGGGAGCAGCUCUCCAGGCGAGGGUCCACGGAGGAAUGAGUGCCCAGACCCCGAGCAAACGAGGCAAAACGGGGAGCAAGAUGGCAGGAGGGCACCGCCCGCCAAAAAGGUGAAGACAAAGGCGCAGAGUCGAGGCAAUGAGAGCACUGGGGGCGAGAACGGGAGCUCGUAUCGCAGUAGCUCACGGGGGCCGGGUAGUGAUGAAUCUGUGCACUCAAGUUUGGGAACAGGAUACUUUUGUGACAUCGACAGUGACCCAGACGAUAAGUCCGUCAGCGAAGAUCCAGUCCGAUGCCCAAAGCGGGAAGUCCCCUCUGCCUCACCACACAGCCUCUCAACCAGGUGGAAAAGCACUUUGUUCGGGGCCAGUGACGAAGGUCUGUCAAAGUUAUUCAGCACGGCCUCCAAAAUAGCCCCUAGUGUGAGGGGCAGUGCGGACCCCCGACCGGAGACCCAGGUGUCGGGCCUGGAGCGCAGUCAGGAGAGGAACCAGGAAUCGGAGCAGGCUGCCCUGCCAGCAGGCCCCCCCAAUCCCCAUCCCCAUCCCCACCCCCACCCCCAGCCCCCACCCCCUCCCCCGCUCCAGCCCCCAACCCCUCCACAGUCUGCGGCCCAGCCUGGACACGACCUGUCUCCCCCGAAGCCUUCCCAGGGGCAGGGGCAGUCGCAGCCCGUGCCCCCACCCACUCAGCCUGGCCCCCAGGCUCUUGUCCCACCUCAGCAUCAGACACAGACUCGGCUGCAGCCCUUCCCACAGAACUGUGGCGGGGUGAGCCGGAGCAGCACGCCCUCCAAGCCGCUAGCCCUCUCUUCCCAGUUGCCACACCGAGCCUCAACUCCCUCUUCGCUCCCACUGGGACUGAGCAACCACCUCAGCACCCACGGCUUUGCCCCCGGCCUACGGACGCCUGCACAUCCCCACCACCCUGGGGUGUUUGCCCCUUCUCCUGGCCUUCCACCACCUCCUCCCCUCACCUCCACCAUGCUCCAGGUGGCUGGGCACCCCUCACCGGCUGCUGCUGCUACUUUUUCAGAGCAAGAGCUGAUUCGCCAGGAGUUGAACUCGCGUUACCUGAGCUCGCAGGGUCCGGAGCGGGGGUCCUCCCUCGGCCCGCCCUCCUUCCAGUUCCACCAGCACCAGCACAGCCACCAGCACACCCACCAGCACACCCACCAGCACUUUGCUCCAUAUCCUCCCAUGGCCCAGGCAGGUCUGGUCCCUGCCCCCACUGCACCCAUGUACUACCAGACGUACCACUGUCCGACUGUCCCCGCCGUCCUGUCCACAGCCGGUACUUUCAGCUCCCUGCAAGGUGCCUUCCAGCCCAAGAACCCCAGUGCUGAGUUGGCAUCACGACCUGGACCAGUUCCCCACACGCUCUUGCGGAAGGACCCCAGGUUAACAGAAGUGUACCGACCUCCAGUGCGGAAACCGGGUAAGUGGUGCGCCAUGCACGUCCGGAUCGCCUGGAUGAUUCACCGGCACCAGGAGAAGAACAAGGUAGAACACCAGAAGCUGGACCUGGCGAAGGCAGACCUGCUGUCGAGGGGUCCCAGUGUGUUCAGUCCCGUUGCCCCAACGCAUGAUCUGGCCCGUCCCAUCACCCUGUUCACUGCCACAGGAGCCGUGCACUCGGCCACGCCAUCCUUCGGGCCUCCGCCUGCACUGAGUCCCUUCCUGAGCACCUCGUCGCCACUCGAUCCCUAUACCCGCUCCCCCACCUACAGUACCAUUGGACAACACCCCAACGCUGCCUUUGGAGGCCUUGGCAACGCUGCUGUCGCCAGUACCAUCUUCGUUCCCAAGGACUGCCCAUCGUCCGCAGCUCCCCCACCCGCCUACAGCAGCCCUCGGGAUCAGUGGAGCAACUUGCACCAGACUCCUCCCUCGUUCCCAACCCCACCCCCUUCAUGGGCGCGGCUGGGGGAGGUGGAGAGGGAGAGGGGGCUCAUCUCGGAGAAGGACAAACGCGAGGUCCUCCUGCUCAAGGAGGAACAGGAGAGCAGGGAAGGACCCUACUCCCGCCACCCGUUCCGAACUCCUGUCGAGGAGCGUCUCCCCACACCCCUUGAGCGCCGGGCACCCCCACUUGCGCAGCGGGUGAAACCGGAGCCAUCCCGGGGAGAGCAGCCCCGUCCGCGGGACAGGCCGGAGACUGUGGGAGUGGGGGGAGUGGUAGGGAAGGAGGAGGUGGAGGGAGGGGGAUGUCCCUUCCCCGGACUGCGUGCCGUGCCCUUGCCACUCCUUGUGCCCCCGGGCUCCCCGGCCGAGCUGGGCCUGCUGCACUCUCCCCUUCUCCGGCUGGGGCAGCCUCACCCCCCUCCAUAUCCCUGGGACCCCUGGGCCGAGGCGGUGCCCCUUCCAGCCCGACGCUGUCCCCCUCCACCUGCUGAGAGGGAGAGGGAAAGGGAGCCCACUGCCCAGCGUCACUCCCUCCUCCAGGAAGAGUACGAGCAGAGGGCCCGACUCCUCGCUGGUGGCUUCUUACCCACCCCUCCCCACCCCUACCCCCGCCUCAGCCCCUCCCUCCUCCGCCAGGGCACCCUCCUGCCCAAGACUCCUCCUCUCGGGGGUCCACCACCCCUCAUCUCCUCUUCCUCCUCCUCAUCGGCCACCUCCUCCUCUACCCGCACCCUCUCCCCCCGACAGCGAGGGGCCCUGCCCUCUGACCUACGUGACCUCCCACCCCCCUCGUCCACCUACCCUCACAGGGAACGGGAUGCCAGAUAAUAUCUGGCCUCCCCCCUCCUCCCACCCUCAUGGAAGGAAGUGAGGGGGGAUCAACCCCCUUCAUUCUGUAACCCUGCCCUCUCUUUGCCCCCCUUCCCGGAUUAUCCAGAAAUAGAGGGGUAGCUCUCAUCCCUUCCCUGGGGGUGGGGGGUGUUGAAUGGCUCCCUUCUCUCUGUCCCCCUCCCCCACACUGAAAGCGGAAUUAAUAAUGCUGUACAUAUUUAUAUUAUAUAAUCAGUGUGUUACUGUGGUUUUUUUGGGGGGUGGGUGGGAAAGCAUCUACAGAAUAUUUUGUACAUUUUUUAAAAAAGAAAAUAAGGUUUUGUUUUGCGUGGGGGAGGGGUUAAUGUGAUUUUAACCGAGGCAGAUUUUUAUCCCCAUUUUCUCUCCCCAUUUUCUCUCUCCCUGCUGCUGGAACUGUAUACGGAUUUUUUUUUAAAAAAGAGAAAUUAUGCUACUGAACUUAUGUGAGGUGACGUUUGAUUGCUGGUGGGAGGAGGGGGGUGGGGAGGGUCAAGGCGAGUGUCGGGUGCAUCAUUUCCUCAGUUUCCCCCCCAUCUUGCUCGAGGGAGGGGAUGGGGAGUUGGGAGGGUUGUGGAAUAGACCAGAGCGUGAUAAAUCACCCUCAUCCCCUGUGAUCCACACAUCUCCAUUUCCCUUUUCCCUGUCUCCCCACCCCGUCUCCAUCCUGCUUAUCCUGUAACUACAUUCGAGACUCUCCCACUGGGGGAGACAUCUCAACAUCUCCCCAAUCUCCUCAUCAUUUCUCUGCUUGAGACCUUAAUCGCUUUUGGUGACAGCUUUUUCAUCAAACGACCCUCGGAUCCCUGCUAAAUCUCUCUUCCCCCACCUCAAAUCUUUACCCUCCUGUUCCAGAUUCCCCAGCCUGUGUACAUCCAUCUUGUCUGAGCCUUGCCUUCCUAUCCACGUACUGACCAACUAUCUUCAAAAUGUUGUUAUUGGACCUGCCUCAGCCAUUUCUUCUGGCUGCACGUGGCCAUCGAUGAGCUGCCAUCUCCAUCGUCCUCUGGUCGAUGGUUUGGUUGGAGUUCAUCAAUGUUUCUGUAAUCUGUUGUGACCGCUGUCCAGGGGAUUGGCCUACAGAGCUUCACUAGAGUCCCGUUGACUGGUCUCACCUGUUUCCACCUCUCACGACGGGGACGUAGGGUUGCACUUUGAGAGCCUGAGAUGGCCAAAAUGCCUUUAAGCCUUUCUUAUCCACAUAACAGUGCAAAUGCCUUUAUAAAAUGUUGUAAUUGUUAAUGUCACAUUGGAGUAAAUCUUCAACUGCAGGUGAAAAAAGAGGUGUGAUAUGAAAGUGCUUUUUAAGGCACAGGGAUAUCUUGGCUCAGAUGUACACAAAAAGAGGUUUAGUUUAAAUUCAGCACCAUGUUUGGCACCGAUAUGAUGGGCCAAAUGUACCUUCUAUGGCCGGCUGGUGGCGCACGCGGCCUCGUUAAAACUACAAGGGUCGAGUCAGGAACGUUCAUAACGUGACCUGGUUAACCCUGACACCACGUGCCAGCCAAGAAUAGCUGAAUGUCUGGUACGACAUGCUGAAAACAAACCCCUUCUGUGUCCUCUAUAGUAAGUCUCCGCCUCUCUCGCUUGCCUCCUGACCUUCUCCAACCCCUUUAAACAAUCGAUCUUUGGGCUCUGCGCCGUGCAGAUCUAUUCUGCGCCCUUAUGCGAGACCAACCUGCGCCGUUCUUUGGGUUUUUCAUUGUUUGGCAACAGUUUACUGCCCUUCAUCGUUCAAGACUCCAGCGGACGCAGACCCCGACUAGUGCUGGUG